AUGUUGAGGUCAUCAAUAAGUUUGACUACAAAAAGAUGUAUUAGCGUAGCCACUAAUAAUGAUUUGACACCACCGUCUUUACAAUCCAUUAAGAAUAAGUUUCAUUUUUUUAAGACAAUGCAAUCCGUCAACGACUUGAAAUUGAAUGAUUCUACUGUUACUUUAAAUGGUUGGAUUGAUUCUAAACCGAAAAAAAUUGGCAAAAAUUUAAUAUUUGGUACUUUUCGUGAUAUUAAUGGAUCUAAAAUACAAUUGGUUGAUUCACAGAAUUUAUUAAAGAAUUUAAAUGUUGAAGACUGUAUCCAACUUCAAGGUAAAGUCAAAUUGAAAAAAGUUAAAAAAAACACAGGGUUAUUCGAUCAUAAUGAUCUUAAUAAUACUGAGAAGUAUGAAAUAUCUGUUUCUUCAUUGAAUAUUCUAAAUUCUGCCAACAAAAAACCUUCUCAAUUAUAUGACUUAUUAACUACAGAAAAUGAAGCUAAUAACAACAACUUUCCCGCUGAAUAUAGAUAUUUACAAUUGAGACAGCCUAAAUAUCAAAGCAUAUUGAAAAAAAGAUAUGAAGCUAAUAAAUGUAUUAGAAACGUGUUAGAUUCGUAUGGUUUCAUAGAAGUGGAAACACCUUUAUUAUUUAAAUCUACACCAGAGGGUGCCAGGGAAUUCAUUGUACCAACAAGAAACACCAGCAAAUUUGACAAUUCUCCGUUAUUUUAUGCAUUGCCACAGUCACCUCAACAAUACAAACAGUUAUUGAUGGCCAGUGGGGUUCAUAGAUAUUUCCAAGUAGCCAAAUGUUUUAGAGAUGAAGAUUUAAGAGCUGAUAGACAACCAGAAUUUACUCAAAUUGAUAUGGAAUUGUCAUUUGCUAACAGUGAAGAUGUGAUGGAAGUAGUUAGUGAUGUUGUCUGUCAAACUUGGUCUAAAAUAGCACAAACUUCUUUACAGACUGUUGAUUCUAAUAAUCACUCAAUUGUUUUGGAUAUACCCGUCAACACUAACAAGAUCAACACAAUCACCUACGAACAGGCCAUGACUAAAUAUGGUAUUGAUAAGCCAGAUUUACGUUUUCCUCAAUUGCAAAUAAUAAAUAUGAGUGAAUUAGGAUGCCGCGCCUAUGAAAAUGAAGAUUACCCAAUCUUUGAGAUUUUAAUUAUGAGAAAGGCGUUUACUGACCUAACGGAAUACAGUCAGAACUGGGAAAGCUUGUUAGUCAAUGAGGAUAACUAUAACUACAGAGUACCAACUGUGGUACCAAUUACUACAAAGAAUAAUGAGAUAUGGUUUGAAAAUUUUACUUCAUUUGCCACGUUUGAAAAUCCAAAAUUAAUGAAUAAAAUCUUGAAUUUGGAACCAGGCGAUAUUGUCCUAGGCUCUACUAGAGAGCCUAAUCAAUUAAUUUUUGAAAAUCCGACGCCAUUGGGAAGAGCACGCCAAUUAAUUAUUAAAAAUGAAUUAGGUAAAAAAUUAUAUCAGGUGAAAAAUAAUAAUGCUCCAGUGGCUUCUUGGGUUGUAGAUUUCCCAUUAUUUUCGCCAGUAGAAGAGAAACCGCAGUCUCCAUUAAUCAAUACAAGACAGCAAUACCCUAAAUACAAAAAAAAUGAGUAUACAGCAACACAUCACCCAUUUACUAUGCUAAAUAUAAAGGACUACGAUAAAUUUCAGAAUGUGAAUAAAGAUGAAAACAUGUUUUUACAAACUAAAGGAUUACAUUACGACUUAGUAAUCAACGGUGUUGAGUUAGGUGGAGGUUCAAGGAGAAUCCAUGAUCCAGUUUUGCAAAAAUUCAUAUUUGAUAAUAUUUUGAAGGUAAAGAAUGAUGAUAUUUUUAAGCAUUUAUUAAAUGCCUUUGAAAUGGGAUGUCCCCCACAUGCUGGCUUUGCUAUCGGAUUUGAUAGAAUGUGUGCUAUGAUGUGUAAUUUAGAAAGUAUUAGAGAUGUAAUUGCAUUUCCUAAGAGUGUUACUGGCUCCGAUUUAGUUGUUGGAAGCCCAAGCUUUGUUGACGACAGAACUUUGAAAGAAUAUAACAUUGAAACCUUAUCAACACUAAAGGAUAAAUAA